AUGUGUAACAAACAAGGACUAACACCUCUUCUUCUAGCCAGCUGUAAUGGGGCUACGUCUUUGGUAGAGCAAUUAAUCAAGGGAUCAGACAUAACAAAAGAACACAGAAUUACUGCUCUGGAGCUUCUUGGUGCCUCUUUGAUCACCUGCACCUCUUUUUGUACAAAUAAUGAAGGAUUGCAAUACUUGAUGCUUGGCAUGGAAGAACGGUAUGCUGAUCCUUUGCAUCCUGUGCUGAAACAACCCAUGGAACCCAUUGAUGCUUAUCAAUAUAGAAAAGAGAGUCAAUCUCUUGAGGAACUUGUAAAGAUAGAAAAAGACGUGAAUGCCCUAAGAAUGGAAAGUCUUAUCAUCAGAGAGAGAAUUCUUGGCAAAAACAAUCCUGAAUUACUUGAUGGAAUAAGAAGUUCUGCUUGGUACUAUAGGAACAUUGAUGUUUGCACAUGCGUAGGAUUGUACAGACAUGCAAUGAAAACAGCGCAAAGAUGUACAUGGAAAUAUGCAUUUGCCAAUCGUGAUAUAGCGAGGGUAGAACAUUAUCUCUUGACUUAUGAAAAGUCCUGGAGCAAUGAGCAAAAAGAGACAUAUGUAGUUGAAUUACUUGAAGUAAUUGCUCAUGAGUGGAAAAAAACCCAUGAGUUGAUGGGAAAUAAGGAAAAAAGGAUUAUUACUGUUGACUAUCCAGACAACUUGUUCAUUGUUUCCUUGAAGGUUAUUACUUUCCUUUGCAAGUGUCAAUAUUUUGAGUUAGGCAAGACCUCAGCUGUAUCAGUGCUACUAAGAAGACUUAGUGGCUUAAAUCCUCAGGAUCGUCAUGGAAGUUCAUUGUUACAUGAGACUUUAAAAUGUUGCCUGGAUGUGACAAGUUCACUUUUGGUAUCCAUAGAUGUUGUGAAGAUCCUUUUGAAUACUGGAUUCAAUGUUAAUGCCGCAGAUUUUGAUGGAAAUACUCCACUUCACCUGGCUGUUUGUUUGCAACCCCACAUUAAUGAGAUUCAUAUUUUUACAAACUUGUUGGAGAUCUUGUUAGAUGGGGGUGCUCAUCAAGAUUUUGUAAACCAUGAUGGUAAAACAGCCAUGGACUUGGCUAAGACUGAUGAAGCUCGCAGUAUUCUUUGGGACAAAAGAAAACUGAAAUUGAAGUGUAUAAGUGCCAGGGCUGUUAAGAGGUUUGACCUUCCUGAUUUGGGAGUAGUGCCCCAAAUACUGGAAAAGUUUAUAAGUAUGCAUUAG